GCUGCUGUACCACCCCGUCGACGCGCCUACCAGUACGACCAGCACCCUCGCCACCCGCAUCACCUCGCCCAAGCCGUCCUCCGCCAUGGCACCCCGCUCGCGCGUCGUCUCGAGUUGGCGCCUCACCGCCCUCGCCCUCGCCGCCGCCUCGAUCGCACACGCCGCACCUGCAGACGACACCAUCGAGAUUGUCGGCGACUCGGGCGUCAGCGCGCAACAGCUGUUCCUGAGCCAGAACAACCAGGUCUACAUCGUCGACAAGACCGAGCGCAACCCGAUCAACGUGACGGGCGCCCAGGGCGAGCACCCGGCAUGGGCCGUCGAGUACGACUGGCAGACCAACGAGUACCGGCCGAUGGACAUCGUCACCAACUCGUUCUGCGCCGGUGGGAAUGUCCUCGGCAACGGCACGUGGAUCAACAUCGGCGGCAACCAGGCCAUCGGCUACGGCGGCCUCAACGCCAACCCGUUCGCGGCGCCGUACAACAACGGCGACGGCGGCAAGGCGACCCGGCGCCUCGACUGCAGCGCCGGCAACGACGCGUGCGAGUGGGUCGAGGACACGGCCAACUACAUGACGACCCGGCGGUGGUACCCGACGCUUGAGACGCUCGAGGACGGCUCCAUGAUCGUCAUCGGCGGCUGUGACUGGGGCGGGUACGUCAACGACGAGGGCCAGAACAACCCGACGUACGAGUUCUACCCGUCGCGCGGCGGUCCUGUCGGCCUCAACAUCCUCACGACGACGCUCCCGGCCAACCUGUUCCCGCUCAUCUGGCUCCUCCCGUCGGGCAACAUCUUCCUCCAGGCCAACUGGGGCACCGAGAUCUUUGACUACAAGAACAACGUCGAGUACCCGCUCGCCGACAUCCCGCACGCCGUGCGCACCUACCCGGGCUCGGCCGCGACGGCCAUGAUGCCCCUCACGCCCGCCAACAACUGGACGGCGACCAUCAUGUUCUGCGGCGGCACCAACCUCCAGCCCGACCAGUGGACCCUGAAUUGGAACAUCGCCGGCUACCCUGCCGACUCGACCUGUGUCUCGAUGACGCCCGACGUGUCGACCGACUGGGUCGACGAGGAGCCGCUCCCCGAGGGCCGCGUCAUGGGCAACUGGAUCCUGCUCCCCGACGGCCGCCUCGUCCUCAUCAACGGCAUCGGCAAGGGCACGGCCGGCUACGGCAACACGUCGUGGGCCAUCGGCCAGUCGUUCGGCGACGAGCCGAUCCACACAAUCCGGUACUACGACCACAACUCGCCCCAGGGCUCGCGCUUCUCGAGCGCCGUCGCCAACUCGACCGUCGACCGCAUGUACCACUCGUCGGCGACGCUCCUCCCCGACGGCUCGGUCCUGUCGUCGGGCUCGAACCCGAACGCCGACUACGUGCCCGCCGGCGCCCCCGGGUACAAGUACCCCUCGGAGUACCGCGUCGAGCGCUUCUACCCGGACUACUACACGGCGCGCCGGCCCGAGCCCCAGGGCCUCCCGACGACGCUCACGUACGGCGGCAACUACAUUGACGUGACGCUGUCGGCGACCGACGUCGGCAAGGCGGACAACCUGGCCAACACCAAGGUGACGCUCGUCCGCCCCGGCUUCUCGACGCACGCCAUGAACUUUGGGCAGCGCCUCGUCCAGCUCAACUCGACCUACACGGCCAAUUCGGACGGCUCGGCCGUCCUGCACGUGUCGCAGGUGCCGCCCAACCCGGCCAUCCUCGUGCCCGGCCCCGUCCUCAUGUUUGUCGUCGUCGACGGCGUCCCGUCGCAGGGCGUGUGGGUCAACGUCGGCAACGGCGAGCUCGGCGACCAGCCCGUCUCGGCCGUCCAGGAGCUCCCGGCGUCGUCCGGCGGGCCCGCAGGCUCGCUCCCCUGGAACGCCGGCAACCUCGUCAACACGCAGACGACGGCGGCCGUCACGGCGGCGCCGACUGCCGCACAGUCGGGCUCGUCGAGCUCGAGCAACAAGGACGCCGACUCAGCGGCGACGGCAACCGGCGCCAACAAGGCGGCGGCCGUCGGCGUCGUGCUCGCCGCCGUCGGCUCGGCGGCCAUGUUCGCUCUCUGAGCGCCGUCGAGAUGCGCUGGUAGUGGAUCGUCUCGACACGCUCCUUCCCUCUCUCCCUCCCUGUCUCUUUUACGUCCCUCGCUUUACGCCCCAUCCCCUUCCUCCUCAUCUCGUCACGCCCCUCGUUCUCCCCCGCCCGGCCUGUCGCGUCCCUCCCAUUGACACUAGCCUCUCAAUUCGUUUUCUCUCCUUCGCUCCGAGUGGACGGUCUCUCGAUACCCCUUGUCCACCCGCCGUUCACCUGCAAGGAAUUCUAUGCAACCCCCCUC